CGGUGCGAAAACGCGUUGGAACUUGGCCACCGCGGCUGCCCGUAGCCGGCAACCCCAACAUGGCAGCUCCCCAGGAUGUCCACGUCCGGAUCUGCAACCAGGAGAUUGUCAAAUUCGACCUGGAGGUGAAGGCGCUUAUCCAGGAUAUUCGAGAUUGUUCAGGACCGUUAAGUGCACUUACUGAGCUGAAUACUAAAGUGAAAGAGAAGUUUCAACAGUUGAGGCACAGAAUCCAGGAGCUCGAGCAGUCGGCUAAAGAGCAAGACAAAGAGUCAGAGAAGCAAGCGCUGCUCCAGGAAGUGGAGAAUCACAAAAAGCAGAUGCUCAGCAAUCAGACCUCAUGGAGGAAGGCUAAUCUCACUUGCAAAAUUGCCAUUGACAACCUAGAGAAAGCAGAACUGCUCCAGGGAGGGGACCUCUUCAGGCAAAGGAAAACCGCCAAAGAGAGCCUGGCCCAGACGUCCAGUGCCAUCACAGAGAGCCUCAUGGGGAUCAGCAGGAUGAUGUCCCAGCAGGUCCAGCAGAGCGAGGAAGCCAUGCAGACGCUGGUUAAUUCUUCCCGGACUAUCCUGGAUGCAAACGAAGAAUUUAAGUCCAUGUCGGGGACCAUCCAGUUGGGACGGAAGCUCAUCACAAAGUAUAAUCGCCGAGAGCUGACGGACAAGCUUCUCAUCUUCCUUGCCCUGGCCCUCUUUCUUGCUACAGUCCUCUAUAUUGUGAAAAAGCGGCUCUUUCCAUUUUUGUAAGGUCUGAGAGCUGCCAGCUUUUGCCCUCUGAGCUCCAGCAUCAGGAUCUAGCCACAAUCCUGAGCUCUGAUCCCGGCUAUCACACCGAUCCACGCCACCCCCCAGUCUGCUCCAGUCGCUCAGCAGGUCAGAUGGAAACACAGCCCCCCAGGUUUCUGCAGUUGGCUGGCACGUAAGGGGGCAAGCAGAGCAAGGGGAAGGAGGCCUGUCAUCGGGACACCUGCAAGGACACGGGGACUCGAAGAGCCGUCGCACAGUGUGGGUGGCUGCCACACGGGGCACCCAGAGGCCAGCGUCCGGGAUUCGAUGUUCCUUCCUUCUCCCUCUGCUGCUGCAGCCCUAAUGCCAGGUCUGGCGGAAGGAGAGAGGAGAGGGGACAGAGGGGAUGAAAACUCAUGUCCAUUCCUGGAAUAAAGUUCGCUGUAUUUAAUAG